CUUCGACAAGCAGCAGCUAGGUUCGAUGUUAUUUGACGGAAAGAGACACCCAAACGUGGGAUACGUUUAACCAUUGGGAUGCUUAAAUAUUUAAGUAUUUGUUUUAUACCGUUACAGUCUUUAGAGAUGUGAGGUUUUUUUUGUAAGAUUAACGGUAGUGAUAUCGCGGGUUGUCUUUUCUGCCGCAGUCAGAUAUUUUCACCUUAGUUACAUUUUCGCAACGUAGCUACAUACCUACAUAAAUUAGUUACCUUCCUUGUAAAUUAACACAGUUACCUAACGUUUCUUCGGGUGUCAUCUCUUUGCUAGCCAACCAUGCUACUAGUUACAAGCCAGCGUUAGGAUAUCUUGUCAGGCAGUACGGAUGAUUUUGAGUUAAUCUGUCGAGGUUAAAGCAACGAGUUUAUAGCCAUCUGUUAACUAAGUAACGUUAUUAGUGUAGGCAAGCUACUGAAGCUAGCUAGCUAACUAGCUAAUGUGUAGCCAAAUGCUAUGUAAGUAAAUAGCUUCCGUCUGACAGUGUAUGAUUGCUAGGCAGUGGUUGACUGGAUACAUACGCUUGCCACCUAGCCACCAUCGUUCGCCGAUAUCACAUCAACAGGCGAAUCUUGUAACCAAUUUUAUGUUUCACGUUGGUCAGAGCGCUUGAGUUGGUGCCAGGCUGUGGAAAGCAGAGAAAGGAGGGGGGGUGAGAGAGUAGUGAAACGCACACAGUGUUCUUUGUGCCAGGGGUUUGGCCCAGUCUCCACCAGCAAAGCGCAACACUAACUGCCCAGUCGGCUCUGUUCAGAGCAGCUUCAGAGCCAUGACAACUCAAAGGGAUGUCGAUAUUGUGAACCUGCGUCUUAUCCUGGUCAGUGGGAAGACACAAGACUUCAUCUUCUCCCCCAACGACUCGGCCAUGGACAUCGCCAAGCACGUCUUUGAUAACUGGCCCUUGGGAUGGGAGGAGGAGCAGGUGAGCAGCGCCAGCAUCCUACGCCUCAUCUUCCAGGGACGCUUCCUGCAUGGCAACGUCACCCUGGGAGCUUUAAAGCUGCCCCCUGGCCGAACAACUGUCAUGCAUUUGGUUGCCAGAGAGACCCUGCCAGAGCCCAACUCCCAUGGUCAGCGUAACCGGGAGAAGACAGCGGAGAGCAACUGCUGUCUGCUCUUGUAAAGACGACAAACAACAAUCCUCCCCUUAACCCUCCCCCACAUUCACCCCUGCUCGGCUUCUGUCUGCCCGUCAACCAUGGAUUUGGAGAGAUCACAGGGAGAUGGGUCACAGAGCUGUCAGCGUGCUGUUUGUCACAUGUUUGUGGCACUCUGGCCCAAUCGGUGGCUUUGGAAUUGUUUUUAUUUUUUCCGUACCCAUUUAUUCAGAUCAAUUUUAUUUUUUCACCCUUUUGCCAGAUUCUGCCUUUUUUCUUCUGUGUUGUAAAACCAUGUUAAGAAUUUGUACAUAUAAUCUCCGUGGUUACCCAGGAUGAGCUAGCUGGGUGGCCAUACAGGUUUUGAAGACCUCCCACAGAAACACUGUCAAACUAUGACUUUGGAACUUUGACCCAUACUGUGGCGUUGGUCGUUUGCAUUGACUCCAAGUAUCUUUCUGCUAAUGAAAUGGAAGUUCCCACGGCUCUUGUAGAACGGCGUUAAAACCUCUCAUUGCACUUAACUGGGUUGUUUAUUUGAAAGUGUUUCUUGUAGGUUUUCUUUUUGUAGUGUCUUAAUCUUCCCAUCUUACAGAGGAAGAGGGAAUAAUGUCCUACUGUUAGACAAAGUGCCAUCAUCCUCACCCGAUGUAGACCGUGCACAGUACGGUAGUUGACUCCUGCUAGCAGGGUAUGUGUAGUCUGCCAUAGCACCAGUAGAGUGGUGUGUAUCUCUGUGACAUGGGCCACACUCGUGUUUGUUCCUGGACUUGGACCAACACAGGAAGAGUUCAAAGUUGUAAAGGGACAGCUCUGUCAACACGUGUGUGUGUGGCAUUGUCACGUGUUUGAUCCUCUCUGAUGAUGAACUGGUCUAGCUAGAAGAAUCUAAACUAACUCCUAUACGGUCUCACCCUGGUUGUGAAGACUUGCUUUUUUUUUAACUAAGUGAAAAGUAUUGAAGGAUUGCUUCUGAGUGACCAUUGUCAUUCUGUAUGGCUUCCACCUCUGAUCAACAUGACCAUUUAGACUUCAUCCUGUCCCGCGGGACAGCCCCCUCGCCACUCCCCGUCCGACCUGAGUGAGGAAUAAGGGAAUGGACACCAGGAGCCAGUCAACAGAGAGGUGUUGCUAGUUGGAGGGCUUGAUGGCCAGCUACAGGACAUUAGGGCUAGAGGCAUGGGAGGGAGCAAGUCCUUGGAGAGGAGAUGAUGAUGAUCAUGGUAUUUGACCUCCUUUUGGAUGCUGUCAGUUUUUGUUUGCCUUUUUGAUUGUGGAAUUAUUCAGUAAUAUGAUUAAUAUUGGAAAAUGUCCAUUUUUAUCUUGUAUUGAUAUUGUUUGUCCAGUUGCUGAUGUCUGACUCCUGUUAAUUGAAUGCUUUUUGUCCCAGGGGUUAGUGUGUGUGGGGGAAUUGUGUAUUCAUUUUACAUGACUGUUGUAUGUGUGAGUGGAUGGGUUGGGGAAAUGACUGAGUGUAUGGAGACAGUAUGUGUAUUUGAGUAAUGGGUGUGUGUUUGUGAAAACCUAAAAGCUGUGUGUUUGUGUGUGAGCACUGGAGGUUAGUGAUGCAGGUGGUGGAGUAGGAGGACAGAUUGGUCUUGGGUGGCUGUGGUUUCCAUGGAAACUGUGUGAAUCCUUCCUUUUGAGUGUCCUUUGGUUAGUGUCCGUCAACCAAUGUCACUGCUAUGAAAUGUAGCUCAAUAUGAAUAAAUGUUAAAAAAAAAAAAGAAUACUAAUGAAAUGUGGUUUGCUUAAAGCUUGUAUUAUAAAUUAAUAAAACAUCUUUAAAGAAAUGUUCUGUAAA